ACUAAUACAAAAAAGCCUAAACAGCUUUUGGCAGUCACUGGGUCCGGGCAGUAGAGGAGCAUUGAGCUCAGACUUGCACACUGCUGGAAGGAUCUAUUACACUGAAAAAAUUAGGAGAAGGCACAGUGUGACCAGACUGCUGUCUGAAAGGGAAGAGUGCUAAGAGGACUGAGAGCAGUGCAGAGCCUUCUGAAUCAGCAGAGCUCAAGAGAAAACCAAGAUGUCGAAGAAGUCAAAGGUGACCGAUCAGACUGCCACUGGGCAGGCGGGCAUCAGGAAGAAGUCAAAAGUGCCUGGUGUCAUGAUAACACAGUUUAUGGAGGAACUUCCAGAGGGGAUGACAACUCCGGAUUUCACCCGCAAACCCAUUGCUCUAACUAUUCAAGAGGGUAAAUUUGCAUUCUUUAAAGCCAAAAUAGUAGGAACCCCAACCCCUACUGUGACAUGGAGUAGAGCAAAUGGAGAAAUACUUUUUCACCCUGCUGUGUGCCAACAAAAAUAUGAUGAGGCAACCGAAGAACACACCCUUGAGUUCCCUAAAGUUGCUCCAGAAGAUGCUGACACCUACAAGUGUUUUGCAACAAAUGAAUAUGGAAGGGCUGUUUGCACUGUUGUUUUAAAUGUUAUUGAAGUUGGAUUUUCUAAGACCAAAGAACUCCAAAAGGCACAAAUCGAAGAAACAAUUGACUUCAGAAAACAUCUAAAAAAACGUAAUCCAGAUGGAACACGUGAGCAUAAGACAAUGGAGACAGAGGAGAAGGUCUGGGAAAUUCUGCUCAGUGCAGACAAGAAAGACUAUGAGCGCAUCUGUGCUGAGUAUGGUAUCACAGACUUCCGUGGCAUGCUAAAGAAACUUAAUGAAAUGAAAAAAGAACGAGAAGAGGAGAUCGCAGAGUUUGUCACACAUAUCAGCAGUUUAAAGCCUAUUGAGGUCAAAGAUGAUGAUUAUGCAACAAUUGAGUUGGAUAUGGACCUCAAGGAUCCCAGCAGCAAAAUUUACCUGUACAAGGAUGGUGUCAUGGUUCCAUUUUCCAAAGAAGAGGGUGAUGAUCUGAAACACAGUUUGAAACAAGUUGGCAAAAAAUACAUAUUCAAAAUCAAAAAACUAGGAACAGAAGAUGCUGGACUCUACUCAGUGGAUGUUGAGGGUGUCAAUGUGUUCUCCACUGAUUUUAAAGUACCUCCAGUCGACUUUGCUGUCAAAAUACAAGAGAUCAAGGCAGAAGAACGAGAGGACGCCCUCUUUCAAUGUGUCCUAACUGCACCCAUGAAUGAGAUCAAAUGGUAUGGCAAAAGUGCUCUGCUGUCAAAUAGUGAAAAACAUGAAAUUACUGUAUCUGAGGAUAAGCUCAUCCACAAAUUGAUUGUGCGGGACUGCAUGCCUUUGGAUGCCGGUAUCUAUGCUGCUGUGGCAGGAAUAAAAUCUUGCAACGCUUGGCUUAUAGUUGAAGACCCAGGAGUUCACUUUCAUGCUGGACUUUCUGACUGCAAAGCCGUUAUUGGAGAAGCGGCAGAGCUGGAGUGUAAAGUGAGCAGUGAAGACUGUGUGGGAGUCUGGUACAAAGAUGGAGAAGAGAUUAAGUCAUCUGAGGGGUUAACUAUUUCAAAGGAUGGAACAUUUCACAGACUGAAAAUUCAUAAAGUCACCGAAGAAUUUGCAGGGAAAUAUAAAUUUGAAGCAGAUGGGCGUAAAACAGAGGCAGAGAUUACUGUUGAAGAUCCACCACGAUUUAAUGCUGAAGAUCUGAAAGCAUUCAAAACUCCUGUCACUGUGAAAAAAGGACACAAAGCUACGUUCAACUUGGCUUUUAUUGGACGGGAACCUAUAAAAAUUCAGUGGUACCGUGAGGGUGAAGAGCUUUCGGAGGACGCAAACAUCAAGAUAGAGCAUUCAGAGGGGUCUAGCCGUCUACUGCUAUUGAAGCUUCAGCGUAAAGAUAGUGGUGAAAUCAAGUUUAAACUCAAAAAUGAGUUUGGCACUGUGGAGGCUCUCAGCCAACUUGUUGUACUGGAUAAACCUACUCCUCCAAUGGGACCUCUAGAAACUGUUGAAGCCUCCUCCUCUGCAGUUGAAUUCAAGUGGAGACCCCCAAAAGACAGUGGUGGCUGCAAGAUAUUAAACUAUAUCCUUGAACGACAACAAGUUGGCCGUAACACCUGGAAGAAGUUGGGGCCAAUUGGUCCUGAGGCCAAAUACAGGGACACGGAUGUAGACCAUGGCCGACGGUAUUGCUAUCGUCUCAGAGUGGAGACUGAAAUGGGCAUCAGUGAGCUGAUGGAAACAGAGGACAUUCAAGCUGGUACAAAAGCAUACCCCGGACCUCCAUCAGCACCCAAGGUUGUCAGUGCCUUCAAAGACUGCAUCACUCUCUCCUGGUCUCCCCCUGCUGACACCGGAGGAACCGGUAUUCUGGGAUACAACCUUGAAAAGCGCAAGAAGGGCAGCAACUUAUGGGGCCCUGUCAAUCCACCCAAUGAGAUGAUUAGAGGGAAGCAAUUUGCUGUGAAAGAUGUAGUUGAGGGCAUGGAGUAUGAAUUCCGUGUGUCUGCGAUCAAUAACUCUGGAGCUGGUGAAUUCAGUUCCCCUUCAGAAUUCGUGUUUGCCAGAGACCCUAAAAAACCUCCUGGUAAAGUCAGUGACUUCAAAGUGACAGAUUCCACUUACACAACCAUCUCCUUGUCUUGGACAAAACCCAAGGACAUUGUGGGGGUUGCAGAUGAAGCAAAGGGAUAUUUUGUGGAGAUCAGGCUUGCAGAAAACACAGAGUGGGAUCGCUGUAAUUUGAAUGCAAUAACCAUGACGUCUUAUACAGUAAAAGGCAUGAAGUCAAUGGGUAUGUACUGGGUAAGAGUCAUUGCUAUCAAUGAAGGAGGCCAUGGAGACCCACAGGAACUGGAUAACUACCAUAUCUCUAUGCCACCUCCUGUGAGGCCACGAUUCACUGAUGCCAAAAUUAAGAGUUUCAUGGUAGUGAGAGCAGGAAAUUCAGCACGAUUCAACAUUAACUUUGAGGCCUCUCCUUGGCCAGAUGUAAUCUGGCUAAAAGAUGGCGUGCCAGUGUCUAAAAAAGUGACCAUCAGUAAUGCAGAGGGUACAUCCCAGAUUCUCAUUCCUUCUGCUGAGCGCUCAGAUACUGGAGUCUAUACAAUCAUUGUCAAGAACGUUGUUGGGCAAGAAACAAUCAGCAUUGAAAUUAGAGUCACAGAUGAGCCCAAGCCUCCAGGUCCUGUGGAGUUAGACGAAAAUGUGCAUGGUACUGUGACUAUUUCAUGGACAGCAUCUCCAGAUGAGAAACGUGAUGACAGGCUGCACUACAUGGUGACCAAGCGUGAUUCAAGCAAAAGAACAUGGAACACCAUUGCAGAUCGAAUCUUCAACAACAGAUUCACAGCAUGUAACAUAAUGCCAGGCCGAGAAUACCAGUUCAGAGUCUAUGCAAAGAACGACAUGGGCUCCUCCAAACCCUCUGAAUCGCCCAAGUGGCUGAUUCCUGCCAAAAAAGAAAAGUUCACUGUGAAAGUGCCAGAAUCAAAGGCGUGCAAUCUGCUGUGUCCUCCCAAGUUCAUUGUCCCACUGAAAAUGCACACAGCUCCUGAAGGGUAUGAAUGCUAUAUGACUUGUGCUAUAAAAGGGGAUCCAACACCUCAUGUCACAUGGCUCCGCGACAAUGUCAGUCUGAAUACAAACACUAACUACCUAAUCUCCAACACAUGUGGAGUAUGCUCUCUGCUCAUAUUGAGGGUUGGGUCUAAAGACACCGGGGAGUACAAGGUUGCUGCAGAAAACUCUUUGGGAAGGGCAGAGUCUGCAACUAAACUCACAGUCAGAGAAUAAAUGGACACACUGAAGAUGGCAGACUUGCUUUAUAAUGCCAGCAUAAAUCAAGCUCGUGAUAAUGCCAUAUUGUUUGCAGUUAAGUGAGAACUGUCAUGAAUGAAACCUUUUUUGUUGUUUUUUAAAUUAUGCUAGUAAUGCCUUCCUUAUUUGAUUCACAAAUUCAAAAAAACAUCAUCUAAAGUUGAAGUAACAAUAAAGCUUUAGGCCUGCAAAAAUUGCUUAAAUAAAAGUAACCAACAUGUGUCUAUUUUCCUUUCAAGGGUAUAACAGUAAUGAAAUAAAAUACUGAAAUAUAACUGUGAAAACUAUAUAGAGUAUUUAGCUCUGCACAGCACUGACUGUUAUUAGAUUAGUUGCUAUUAGUCUGAAGGUGAUGAAACAACUGACUUGUGUCUUGACAGAUUUUUAGAGGCAAGAAUCUUUGGCUUGUGUAGUAGGUAUUUGUAGAAGACCCCAGAAUAAAACUAAUAUGAGACAACAUAUGAACUGACAGGAUAUUUACAUUAUAAUGACACUGCUGUCAUAAAAUGACAUCACUAUGAAAAUUGUGUGAGUUUGAUGUAAAUAAAUAUUUCAAACAGCAUCGUGACAUUAAUUUUUAAUGUGACCUGCAAGUCACUUUGACCUGAAAAUAAUAAUAAAAAUGUACUGUACA